CCGAGUUUUUAAAAUCUGACGAAGAGAUGGUAAUUGAAAAUAACAAUGCCUUUAAUAGUUUAGAUGAUAGUACGAUUUACACUAGUAAGUUUAUUAGUUAUAUUAAUCAACAAUCUACGAAUGCAUACGAAAUUGGAUCUGAAAAGCUUUGUUUUGAUAUUGAAUGA